CGUCAGAUCCGCAAGGCAUUUCGGGCUACUGGAGGCUGAUUCGCCCAAUAAUACAAACAACCCGCUGGACAUAGUGGAAUCGGGUGAACAUGGGAAAAGCCGCUUGCUUAUGAAUUAACAUACAUUCAGCCUCAAUGAAUGCAUGCUUUUAGAAUUUCCUCACUCUUUAGGGAAGUGUCAGUAAUUAAUUGCGCAUGAACUGGGAUAAAAUAUUCAGCACGCGUGUCAAAUAGCUAAUCCUGGAAUAGGAAACACAGCAACACUCCAGUAUGGCGGAGAGUAUGAUGAGUAAAGCAGCCACUAUGGAGAUUCCUAUUAACAGUAAUGGGGACUCUAGGAAUCUGGCAGAAGAUGACAGCCUGGAACAGGCUACAAAGAUUCAGUGGAGCUUAAGAGAGAAGGUAGGGAGUCCCGCAGCCCUCAGGGACUUGCAACAGGUCAUGGUGUCUGGGCCCAACCUAAAUGAAACCAGCAUCGUAUCAGGUGGUUAUGGAGGUACGACGGAAGGCAUUAUUCCAACCAGCUCUAUCAAAGGCCCUGCAAUCCAUCUUAACACUGACUUUCUAGGCAACAGACACAUUCCAAAUGAAGGGCAAGGGUCCAACAUGCAUCACACCAGUAGCAAUUCCUCCAUGACAGCAGAAGAGGCCACAAGAGGCGUUGCUGUGGAGAAAUUUGACAUCGUGAAGAAAUGGGGCCUGAACACAUACAAGUGCACCAAACAGAUGAUCUCUGAGAGGUUUGGCCGAGGCUCACGUACUGUGGAUUUGGAGCUGGAGGCUCAGAUCGAGGUUCUGCGGGAAACCAAACGGAAGUACGAGAGUGUGUUGCAUUUAGCGCGAGCGCUAACCAACCACUUUUACAGCAUGGUGCAGACGCAGCACGCCCUUGGAGACACAUUUGCCGACCUCAGUCAGAAGUCUCCAGAACUCCGGGAUGAGUUUGGAUACAAUGCAGAAACACAGAAGUUGUUGUGCAAGAAUGGAGAGACUCUGCUCGGUGCCAUCAACUUCUUUGUGUCCAGUAUCAACACACUGGUGAACAAAACGAUGGAAGACACACUGAUGACUAUCAAGAUGUAUGAGAAUGCCAGGCUAGAGUUUGAUGCGUACAGAGCAGAUCUAGAGGAGUUGAACUUGGGCCCGCGGGAUGCUGUUACCAUGGCUCGUAUCGAGGCUGCUCAGCAGCAGUACCAGAUCCAGAAGGACAAAUAUGAACGUCUUCGCAAUGAUGUCACCAUCAAGCUCAAGUUCCUGGAAGAAAAUAAGGUAAAAGUGAUGCACAAGCAACUUCUGCUGUUCCAUAAUGCCAUCUCUGCCUACUUUGCUGGAAACCAGCAGCAGUUGGAACAGACCCUCAAGCAGUUCAACAUUAAACUCAAACCACCAGGGGACGACAAACCGUCUUGGCUGGAAGAACAGUGAAAGUGCCCAUUCACCCCUGAUUUCCUGAUAUAUGUCUUUAGCCAAUCAGAGAAACACAGUAGGACCACAAGAGACCAGCAAUCUGAGAUGCUAGCAGAGACGGGGGUACAACAGAGCCUCUUUCCACUAACUCACUCUAUACUUCUCUUCCUUGAUUCUUCUCCUCUUAUUCUUGCUCUGAGACUGUCAAGUGUCUGAAUAGUCACCUCUGGUAUGUAACCAGUCCCAAAGUGUCCAAUCAAAUGUCAAAGAUAUCAGUUUAAGCUUCAUCCCUAUAAAUAUCAUUAAACCGACUGAAACAAUCCUUCUGAUAUGUCA